GCCAAAAACGGCAAACGGGCAACUGGCGUGGAAUCGUGGAAGUUUUCCGCAGAAUAUUACGAAUUUCGGGGAUUUUCUGGCUUCGUUCGACCGGGAUUACAUCGAGGGUUCGUGUUCGACCACAAAAUUAUCGCGCCGUCGUGCAGGAGAUCGCUUCCAACCGGGAAUUGCGUGCCCUUUUUCCUCGGCGUGCGUGGUGAAAAAAUCGUGGUUGCGUGAAAAGCGGAAAAAUCGUCUGUUUAUGGUUCGACGGUACCGCGAGAAUCCCGCACCCAGAAUUGUCCGUCCGUCCGCAAACGGAGCGUCGUCGUGGGCCGCGCUUUGGUCCACCUGCGAUAAUUACAGAUUUUACGUGUUCCCACACCUCCCAACCCCACCCCCACCCCCGUGUGCGUGUGUGUUUACGAGUGUUGGGCGGCGCCCGGACUGCCGUCGGUCCGUUUCCUUCAACGAUUUUCCAGUCUCGCGUCGCGGUCGUGAAUGUGUUCAAAUUCCAACGACAAAAGUUUAGAUAUUCGUUGCGCAAGAGUUGCCCGUAUCGCCUGGUUGGCCGUAGUGAGUGCGAAAGAGAGCGAAGAUCGAGUGAACGAAGCGAACGUAUCGAAUUGAUUGAUAAGGUUUGCGAAACCGCGUAUGCAAAUAUCCGCCUAAUCGCACUUGUUUGCCAGUGGGGAACCGCUCUACCAGGUUCUCGGCGAACAGAAGCACCUUCCGGCUGCCGUCGACCCCACCAAAAGCGAGCAAAACAUCAAUAAGGACGAGUCUCCGCGCAGGGGCUACUUUGCUCUUCGCGUCCUCAUCGUCGUUGCGGCGCACCCCUCGGUUUGAGCGCACGGAACAGAAAACAAUAACUUUUUUCACCGAAACACGAAGGAAGCAUAGGACGGUGCGUCCCCUCGCGUGCACCCUCGAUUGAUACCCGCCCGGGCCGGAUCGCGUUCUCGCUAGGACGGUCCGCACGGUGACGGUGAAUAAGAGAACGGAAUUCAAAUACAUCCAAACUGUGCGUGAGUAGCGCUACGAUAGGAAUAUAGGAAAAGGUGUGGUAUGCGUCUGCCUAUCUUAUCCCACCGUGAUCGCGCUAUCAUCAAGACCGUCCCGUCGUCGUCAUCAUCGUCAUGCGCUAACCACUUCCCCUGAAGCAUGUAAAUGCGCUAGAACAAGAGAAAGCAUCAGAACGAGAGCGAGAGCGAGAGAGAAAAGUGUGCAUGUGUGUGUGUUUGUCUAGUGUUGUGUGUGUGUCGUGUGUCUGUAUGUGCAGCAGGAUCAAGCUCGUCUCCUUUCGGGUGGCGCGUCACGUGCGUGUGAGUGCAGGGAAGCGGAGGGAGAUCGAACGGAGAAGCAUCAAAGAAGCAUCAUCACCCUAGCAUUACGUGCAUAGCCAGUCCUAGGUGCGAGAGUUCUAAGUGCUUUUUUUGAGUGAGAACGAGACGCACGAGCCACGAGAGCGCCAGGCCAGGAGGCGUGAAAGAGAAGGAUAGCGAGGAGCAUACGGCGGUGGUGAGGCACCACUCCACUCAACAUACACCGUCGGGGAAACAAAACAUCUGCCGUGGAUAAUUAAACACACGGCACACGGCUCCGUGUAUAGAGAACACGUGGUGGUGGUAGUGCGUUUACGGAAGCAGGAAAAGGAUACGGGCGAACAAGUCGCGCCACGGAACAAGGACAUUCGGUGAGAGGGUGAAAAGGCGGAGAAAAUUGAGAGUAGUGUCCUCCGGGGGGGCAGGAAAAAGGCCUUUGUGUGCGUCCGGGCGCGAGUGUGAGCGCGCAUCCUUUCAGCGACUUACGCAAGCGAUCAAGCAUAUCCGAGCAGGCGACGGACUGCGCCUUAUCUCAGCGCCUGCUCAGCCAGCACCCGAUAGACGCAGCAUCGGAGAGAAAGUUGAUUGAACUUUGAGCUGUACGCAACGCUAGCCCGCAAAAGAACCCCGAUUCUGGAGGGACAGAACGCAUAAUUUGCAUUCCAAAAGGGGACGACUCUCGAGCAAAGACUAUCUCUUGAAAAUGGACAGCUCUGAGGACGAUAACUCGGAGCACUCGCAGGGAGAUAAAUCGAACAAACAGCGUUGGACAAAACACGAGGAUGCUGCUCUGAAGACACUGGUGGAGCAGCAUGGCGAGCGGUGGGAGAUCAUUUCCCGGCUGCUGAAGGAUCGCAACGAUGUCCAGUGUCAGCAACGAUGGACGAAGGUGGUCAAUCCGGAUCUUAUCAAAGGUCCCUGGACAAAGGAGGAGGACGAGAAAGUGGUGAGCCUGGUGGCAAAGUAUGGGCCGAAAAAGUGGACACUAAUUGCGAGACACCUGCGCGGCCGCAUUGGCAAGCAGUGUCGUGAGCGAUGGCACAAUCACUUGAACCCAAACAUCAAGAAGACGGCCUGGACGGAGGAGGAAGAUCAUCUCAUCUACACCGCCCACCAGACCUGGGGUAAUCAGUGGGCAAAGAUAGCAAAACUGCUACCGGGCCGAACUGACAAUGCGAUCAAAAACCACUGGAACUCCACGAUGCGCCGGAAAUAUGAGGGAGUGGAUGUGAUACGUCGCAGAAUAAAGCCACCUCCGAGUGAACAGCAGGAUGGUAGUGCCGUUGGUUCUGCUGGAGUAGCUGGCGUUGCAGGUAGCACCACCCUCGGCGCUGAUUCUUCCGUCGCAAGCAUCACCAAUGGAUCGACCACAUUGCCUUUACCAGCGUUUCUAAACGAAACGGCUGGCGAAUCGCUUCAAAACUUGAUACGCAAGAAUCGUAAAAAACCCUCGAUCGACGAUCGUAUGUUCAUGGACGAUGGCAUGGUGCAAGGGAACAUCAUCGAUGGCAAUGUGGCAGUGUCAACCAGACGUGGCGACUUCCUGGUCAGCCCGGUUGCCGAUCGGAAGAAGCACUACAUCAUCGAGCCGCUCUGCUCGGCCAAAGUGGACAUGAAGCUGCUGCUCGGCACGAAUGUCGGUGGAACGAUGCAGCACAACAACAAUAAUACGAUCGAAGGAAGGGGAGAAGGAGAAGGAGAAGGAGGCGAAGAGGAUGCGGAGCAGGAGCAAGCACAGGUUCCAGUUGGUACCACGCUCUACCAGAAGUUGCCGGGCGGUGGAGUGCAGCAACUCGAGAAUUGCAUUCCUACCAACAUCAAUCUGUACGAUCUGAUCACUAGUACCAGGCAGCAGGAUGCCGCUAACCAGCAGGACGGCCAAGUAGACAGCAAAUUGACUCCGAACAUUCUGCGAAGGAAAAGGAAACUCAACACGGAGGACGGAAUGAAUGAGUUGCAAAUACUGCAGCACCAGGAGCGUCAGUUCCAGCAGCUGAUGGGUGUUGGGGAUAAUAAUGCAUCCGAUGAUGAGCAAACGGCACGAGCUCCGGUACCGGGCGGUGGCAAUGGUGCCCGGAACCAUCAGGGCUUCGGUAGCCACGUUAUGUCACCGUCGAUUACUCCCAUCAAACCGCUUCCGUUCUCACCGAGCCAGUUUCUCAACUCGCCUAGUUUGACCGUGUCCUUCGAUCAGCUUCCCGCUAGUACGCCCGUGAAACGGGCCGCACUGAAAAACGACACUAGUCUAUUGAGUACUCCUGUCCCUGCGAAGGAAGUCGGAGUGACUCCCCACAUCAAAAAAGAACCAGUAACACCAGGAACAGGAGCAGCCACAACAACGGCAGCAGCAGCAGCCGCAGGAACGAAUGUGAAGGCUGAGACAGCUGCACAGCAGGAAGAGGGUAAAACACAAACCCCACUGAAAGAGACAAAACCUUCGCUGGAACCACGCACACCGACACCGUUCAAGAAUGCAAUGGCCGAAGUGGGCAAACGGCGCUCCGAAGUCUACAUACCACCCAGUCCGGCCGUUCUCGGUGAAGACAUUGCCGAAAUUAUGCAUCAGGAACAGGUGAAGGAAACUUCGGCUGAAUCUUCCUCCUCUACACUGGUCAGCGAUAGUUCGUCGACCACAGCAAAUAAAUCCCAGGACGAGGGUAAGGUAGGAAGCAAGGAAAACAAAAUACCUCCCAUCGCCAGUACGGCCGCAGGGCACGCUUCGCCCCGCAAUCAGAAGAAAGUGUCUACCUCCGUGUUCUCGCAGCAGUGGGAAAACUCCGAUAUGAGCUUCUUUGCGGAAACACCAAGUAAAUCCCUUAUUUCGGAGUCUGCCGCUUUAUCUCCAUCGCUUCGCGAACGGCUAGGUGAUACGGAGAUUUUGCUGGAGGAUGAGCUAAAGGAUGGUACUGGCACACCGACCAAGAAGUCAGGCAAAAAGCCGGCCUCUACCCCAACGUCCGUCGAUCACAAGUGGCUGAAGUAUGCUUGCGGCAAGACACGUGACCAACAGGCUAUGUCCCAGCAGGCGCACAAUUGUCUGAAGAAAACGUCCCUUCAGCCACGGUCGCUCAACUUUUAUAAAUAGUAGAGCACUACUGCAGCAAGUGCAGCAAUGCCUUGUACCAACAUAAUCCCACCCCACCGGGGCCAUCGCAGAUGCAAUGAGAAAAGAUGAGCUGUAGAAAGAGAGAGAUCGCUCAGCGUGUAAUUUGUAGUCAUGAUGAUGGGACACAGGACGAUCGCGCAUCGUGUUAGAGUAAAAGUUAAGUAAGAUAUGGGACAAUUUAAGAAGAACAGUGAACACGUUUCGCGCUCGACCUACGGGGGUUGGCGUACUUAAUCUAGGUAAUUAAGUAUUUAACGCUUAACUCGCUACGAUGAGUUUGCGUGGUUUAAAUGUAACGAGGUCAAACAGCAAGUAGAGGUUAAGUCAACUAACCAAAAACCAACCCCCACAUCUCUAGCACCCGAUGUGUACCAGACUAUCACCUCCCCAUUUAGUUAACCCGAGUUAGUACAGUACAUCUGAUGAAAUUCGCGUCUAAAAUGAAUUGCUCGAGUCAUACAGUGAGCGAGCAGAAGUUACAGUUCCAGUAGGACACCAUAAUAGCUAUAGUAUCACUUUCAGACGAGUUUAACAUAUUUUGCAUAUCUUUAAUAUACUCUUUGCUUCUUUGUAUAACAUUUUAAGCCCAGCAUUUUAACAUUCAGCGCCCUGGAUUAUAUGGCCACCGUCACCAGAUUUCUUUUGCCAGGCAGUUGUUUACCAGUCUUAGCGCAAGUUUUGUCUCUAGAUAUUAGGAUUUUCGACGACUUUUCUGCCCGAUGGGGCCUAGGCCAGAGCACACGAAGAAGAAUGCGCUUGUUAUGGCUUAUUUGUCUAUGCUUUGUUUUGGUUAUUUAUAUGUUUGUUUUUCUAACAAUUACUUUGAGAAAGACCUGCGACAGAGCAAAUCCGUGCUAGUUUGAGCGAAAUUUUUAAAAAUUCUAUAGGAACAGAGGCAUUAGGAGUUUUAAGAGUUCUAAUAGAUGUUAGUGAUGAUAAGGAUAACGGCACUGUUGGCCCUUGCCUCCGCGUGGUAAUCACGUGAUUCGUGCAUUUCUGUACAAGCUAAGCGAAACAGGAGCCCCUGCAGGAUCCCGUACUUUAGUUAUACCUUGCUGCAAUCGUACAAAACAUAUUUUUUCAUAUAACCAUAACGAUCGUUAUGCUCUAAAGGCAGGGAUAAUUGAAUAUAAUGCACUUUGUACAGACGUGAAAUAAAAUCGGUAGAGCUUGUACGGAGUAAUGAAGAAUAAAUGAUUUAA